CAAGACCUCAGUCUUCCCUGGGGACUCGAAUGUUGCGAAGCGUCUUUUGUCCAGUACGCUACAACUCUAGAGAACGAUCAUGAAGAUGAAGCGCGCCAUGCCUUGCGCCUCGCUAUCGUGACUGGCUGCCCAGGAUUUUUGAAGCCAACCGAUGCUACAUUAAUCUGGGACGGCGUUUUCGACUGGAAUGAUGACCAACGUAGUCUAGAAGACUUUGAUUGGCUCGUAGACUUCCUGGUACACUUUCGUAAGUCCUCGGCGAGGGACUACGAUGCCAUGGGAGAUGCACUGCUCGCAUUGAGUGCUAUGCGGGGUUUGGGAAGUUUGACCAGACGAGACAAUUACCUUGACGCCAUCAUCUUCGCCAUGGAAGCAGAUAAACCAUCCCGGCUUCGUCAUGCAGCCCUUCGAGCUGUAUUCGAUGCCCGUUUGCAACUAGUCGACGUAGUUGAUCAGGAGAAGGGAGAAUUCCGGGACAAGUUAUUGAAUGGGCUCGCGCCAGCUCUGUUCACCACAGCCAAACCUAUCGCGCCACAGCGAUCUAAUGAUGAACCGGACGCUGUCUUCAAUCCCGGACGUGACGACUACUAUCUACGGCUGAUCUUCACUUUGGCAAAGCAAAGUGAUUGGCGUGCUCAUUUAGGGAGAGCCGGUCACAUAGAGCGAUGCACAUCUCUGCUAGGCCACGUCAUCAAGAACCUGACUGAUUCAUCGCAGCCUGUCACAUAUCAUUCUUACUAUCUUGCAGGCAUAUUGAUACGGAUGAACGCCUCGGAAGGCUAUCGAAGCCCGGCGGAGCGGGCAGUUGCUCUGGCCUCGGCUCUUGACUCUACGAACAAGGAAGAAUCCUGUUCCACUACAACCCCUGCAGCCACGCUAUCCGUAGCCCUAAGGGCCCCUACUCCUACUUCACCGGACUUUGCGGACGCUAUAUCUGAGCAGGAGUGGUGGAAGUUGCUCAAAGGAGCGUGGUCGGCGAUGUAUUGGAAUGACCUCCACGUUGAAGAAGAAUCAGUUGAAGCACUGCCUGGGAUUGUCACGUACACUCUCGACCUCCUGAAAACACCGACUGCUAGAUAUGACGCGGCUAGCCUCGUUCGAUGGGUGGAUCGGAUAUACGAGUCGCUCAGUGAGGAUGGAGCGAAGCCGAAUAUCCUUUCUGCAGUGAAAAGUUUACAGGAUGCGCUAGCCAACAACGUAGCAUAGUUCAUCACGCGCAAGCUGAGUAUCAAUUAGGGUCAUACGAUGUACAGUAUCACUUAGUCUCUCCUAUGCAGACCAAAUGGGGGCAUAUCCUUCUUUGUUGUAAUUAUCACUUGAUCAAUGAUAUACAGGC